GUAGGUAUAUUAUCACAUUAAAACAUUUAAUAAAAGUCGUCUAAAAUUUUACUCUUAAAUUUUUCACUCAAGCAUUUGUAAUGACAGUGAAGUGCGAAUCUGAAAGCUCUGGAAAAUGUCAACAGGAACAACUGCGUCUUCCUGCUUUUGGCAAAAGACACGUACAGGGUUUUUUGAUGUUCUUGUGCCUCAUGGUCGAACAAGGAGGAAGAGGUACUAUCAACGUCGCGAUUGUCUCUAUGACUAACCAAAAUGAGACAAAUCCAAACAUACCGACGUACGAUUGGGACAACAGCAACAUAGUGCUCUCUUCAUUUACAUGGGGCUACCUAGUUCUGCAAGUCCUGGCUGGCCAGGUUGGCGGUAGCCACGGUUACAAAUGGCUAGCUUUCACAGCAAUGGCAGUCAAUUCCCUAGCCUGCUUAUUAAUACCUCUGGCAGCUGCUUAUCUAGGCUCUUACGGAGUUAUGGGGUGCAGGGUGGUUCAAGGCCUUGCUCAAGGCUUCUUUUUCCCUAUAGCCUAUCUUAUGUUGAGCAAAUGGGCACCGGAAGAAGAAAGAAGUCGUAUGAUGACAUUCGUUUACUCAGGUAUUCUUGUAGCGGGAAUAAUAACAGGUCCGGUUACUGGCUACAUAUGUGCAUCUUCGGUCGGUUGGCCAGUAGGGUUUUACGUGUUUGGAAGCGUCGGUCUCUUGUGGUGCCUCUUAUGGCUGUUCAUGGGUUACGACAGUCCUGCUGUACAUCCCACGAUCAGUCCCCAGGAAAGAAAAUAUAUCGAAGAAUCGCUGGGACAUCAUGAAGCCGCGGAGGUAGUUCCAACACCGUGGAAGGCUAUAUUCACGUCGAUUCAUUUUUGGGCUAUUGUGGUCGCUUCAAUUGGUACUUCUUAUGGCGCUACUUUCCUCUCGACAGAGAUGAAUCAGUACUUAGUUAAGGCUAUGAAAUUCAACGUUGAAUCGAGUGGGGUGGCAACUGCUAUGCCGGCGGUUGCGGCUAUAGUGACAACACCAUUUUACGGAUUCAUAUCCGACCUUAUCAACAAGAAAAAAUGGCUAUCGCGGUUGAAUUCGCGACGACUGUUUCAACUUUAUGCGUGCUAUCCCCAAACCAUAAUUCUAAUUUGGAUGGCGUUCUUAACAAAAUCGCAGGGAAUUUUAGCAGCUGCGUUGCCUGUGCUGUCAUUUAGUGCGCUAGGCGGUAUCGUUUUCGGAUUAAACGUUAAUAUUCUCGACUUGUCGUCGAGGUUCUCCGGAGUUACUCAAGGCUUUGCCAAUACCCUAGGCUCCGCUUUUGGAUUAGUGGCUCCGUUAGUGGUUCAGUACACAGUACCCCAUAUGGACGAUCCAGAGGAAUGGAGACUUCCAUUUCUGAUAUGCGCCGCUGCAUAUGGAGUGUCGGCGACAUUUUUUGCAAUUUUCGCAUCCGGUAAUAAGCAGUGGUGGGACAGUGGACCGAUCAAAAUCACCAGUGACACCGAGAAGGUUUGA